AUGUGUUCAAAACAGCUUUUCGAACCAUCUAGAAAUCCGAAGCUGUUUGUGAUCGGAGAUUCUUACGCUGAUACCGGAAACAUGAGGCAGGAUGCAGUUUCUUGGAAAUCCCCUUACGGUAUCACUUUCCCCGGUAAACCUUCCGGCCGUUAUUCUGAUGGUCACAUCUCCACCGAUUUGUUAGAACUCACGGGAAAGAGCAACGACUGGAAAGAGGAACGAAUUUUGCCUUCGGAGGAUCCAAAGUGUUUGACUCUCCGGUUGAUAAAUCUCCGGUUGAAAUCUACUCAGGUCGAUCUCUUGGUUAACCUUUUCAUCGCUCGCAGUGCCUACACUUUCAACGACAUUUCUUCCUCCGAUGUCGCUGUCCUCACCUACUCUGGCUCAGACUAUCUUAAUUACAUCGCCAAAAACGGCAUAAGUGUCUACAAAGCAUUCGUACCGUUUAUCAUGGAAGAUAUAAAUUAUUGUUUGUUAAAACUGGACGGUUUAGUAUUCAAGAAUAUCGCAGUGACUUCGCUGCCGCCGAUCGGAUGCCUCCCCCAUUUCACAUAUGCAUCUUCAUUCAAGAGUUGCAACGAGACAUAUGGCGAAGUGGUGGAACUUCACAACAAACUUUUGAAAGUAGCUGUGGGCAAGCUCAACGUGGAGGCUAGGCUUAGGAAGAAGGGACAGCGUUUCUUCAUAAUUGAUCUUCACAAGGCAUUCAUGACCGUCUUGAAGAAAAAAGGGAGAAAAAGGUUUAGAAAUCCAUUGAAGCCGUGUUGCGAAGGUGAUUGUGCGAAUGUGGAUGAGAAGGGUGCGAAGAAGUAUACAGUAUGUGAUGAUCCCAAAUCUGCUUUCUUCUGGGAUAAAGUGAACCCUACGCAAGAAGGGUGGAAAUCGAUUUACUCGUGGUUACUUCGUCUGCGUCCUUUGGCUAGACCUUUUCUGUCUUGCCUUAUUGGUUCUGGUUCUUCGGCUCGCUUUUGGUUUGACGACUGGACUGGUCUAGGCCCUCUGCUUGAUCUCUCAGGCGCCAAUGGACCAAGAGUCACCGGAAUCAACAGGUUUCCUUCGGUGGGAGAGGUGAUAAGAAACGGAGAAUGGGACCUUCCUCGUGGGAGACAUCCUAUCAUUGUUCUUCUCAAGGCGGCCUUACCCGCAAUACCACCUAUUCUCACUACAGUCCCAGAUGGUUUUAGUUGGCGUGAUCCGACUACUGGAAAACAGGGUAACUUUUCCGCUUCAAAUACUUGGUUGGCUCUUCAUCCUCCCGGUGUCUCGGUUUCUUGGACAGAGGCGGUGUGGUUCUCGCAAAGAAUUCACAAACACGCUUUUAUUCAUUGGGUGACUGCUAGAGACAGAUUACCAACCAGAGACAGACUUCGAAGCUGGGGUCUAGAUGUACCUAGCGUUUGUCUUCUGUGUAACAGUGAACCAGAAACCAGGUCGCACCUCUUCUUUCGAUGUCCGUUCACAGCAGAGGUUUGGAACUCCUUCUAUUCUCACUCAGCCCUUACAAUCCCUCAAGACUUUGAAGCAGCUCAAGCUUGGGUCAUCUCAAGUUUUUCCGAUGCAAAGAAGAAAGUGAUCAGCAAACUACUUCUUCAAGCCACUGUUUACUAG